CCCAGAUGUACGUGCCUGGCAAGCUCCAGGACACCCGCACGGUCCUGGUGGACGUUGGCACCGGUUACUACGUGGAGAAGUCCGCCGACGACGCCCGCGCGUUUUUCAAGCGCAAAAUCGAAUUCCUGACGCGGCAAAUGGAGAAAAUCCAACCGGCCCUGCAGGAGAAGCACGCCAUGAAACAGG